UGUCAGUGGAACACAAACAAGCUCGGUUGUUUUAAUGGCUGUUAUGUUACUUUUACAGUAUUUCGUAACAGAAUAAUGUGCUUUCACAUACAUUCCAUCUGCGGAUCACAUAAAGUUAUGGAAACUGCGUGAAUACAUACAACCCCCCAUACAGAGGGCACUCCGGUAUACUGUGCUGAGGGGUUGCAUUUUACAUCUUGCAUCUUGCAUCCUGUGUCAGUGUCCUUUCUUAAUCCUCAAUAUGAUGUCGUAACUGGCUUUAUAGGUAUUGGCACUACAUUACAUGUGUAUCACAAAAAUGAAACCCUUUUAUUUUACAAGUUGGACAUACCAAAUACAAGAGGAGAAAAUAUUCAUGGAAUAGAAUAUUUUCAAAACAUAAUUUUAAUAUAUGGAGGUCAAUUUAUGACUCUUCUGAAAGUGAAUGAAGAUUUUACAACUUUCGAUAAAACAGCUAAUACCGCCCUACUUGAUUGGGUUUUAGAUGCAAAAUGGAUUAACAAUGGGAAAAAUAUUGUGGCAGUUUCUUUACAAAACAAACUGUAUAUUUGGGAUUCUGAGCUGAAUUCGAAAAAAGUUGUAGACUGUGAAGAAAAAUGUAUUUUAUAUAGUGCUCAUAUCUGUUAUGAAAAAUAUGAAGACUUGACGAUCCUAUCUGGUACUGUUUUUAGUGAAAUAUUGAUAUGGAAACCUUCUAGGCAGAAAAAUGGUAUCUCUGUUGUACUCAAAAGGCUGCAAAGGCAUAAUGGUGUGAUAUUUUCUAUACAUCAUAACGAAAAUGCGGGUUUCAUAUGCUCUUCAUCUGAUGAUAGAACAGCAGUUCUAUGGAAGAUAAACAACAAAAGUCUGUUAGUGGAGCUAGAACAAGAAGUGAUUGAUAUAACACCCCAAUGCCGGGUGUCUGGUCAUUCGUCCAGAAUUUUUUCAUGCAGAGUACUGAAUAAUCAUUUUGUGACAGCGGGAGAGGAUUCGCUAUUGAACAUCUGGUCAUUUGAUGGAAAACCGGUGAAAAAAUUCGAAACGCAUCAGUGUGGUCCGAUAUGGUCUCUAGAUUGGGAUGAGGAAGAGAAUAGAAUUGUAACAGGAGGUGGUGAUGGUGGAGUAAGCACUUUUUCUAUCGAUUUCAAUGCUGAGCAGGAAAAGUUAAUGCUACCAGAUGGGGAAAACCCUAAAAUAGUUGGCAUAUUGCAGUCUUUCAAUUUAGUAAUUUUCUCUGAGGGUGGAGUUCUUUACCUCUACAUAAAGAGUCAAAGAAAAUAUAGAAAAAUUGUUGAUCAUGAGGAUUUGAAGAGGUAUGCGGUUAUGCAGGUAUCCAGGUGUAGAAAAAUGAUUGCUCUAGCAGGUAUCAAAGGUCAAAUAUAUGUCUACAAAGAACACCAUGAUACAUUACAUCUUGUAUCCAGCGCGAAAACCAAUGACCAGUCGAGGAUCGCUUCUCUACAUUGGUUGACUUGUAAAUCUUUCCUAAUUUGCCAAGCCAAUGGAAAAAUGACUCUAUUACAUCAUCAUCAGAUGUCCUUGAAGCCUGCAUCAACAUUUAUUCUACCUCCAAGCUCUGAACGAUGGUCGACAACAGCAACAAUUUUCAACGACAACAUCAUUGUAGGAGAUCGAAGAGGAAACAUACAUUUAUAUGAAAUUGGUAAAUCAAAUCCACUGCAAACAUUGAGAAAAGCCCACAGUCACCUCGGUGUUACUAAACUGAUUAUCCAACAGGAUAAUAUCAUCUCUCUUGGACGAAACGCCAUUGUGAAACAUUUCUCGUUGAACAGUAAUGGGUUGGAGUUAGUUUCUUGUAAUAAACUUCCCUUCACAUGGUUGUUGGACAUAUUUGGCAGCACGCUGAUUGCGUUCUCUAGUAAAAAUUUCAUCGUCUGGGACUGCAACUCUGAAAGGGUGUUGUUCGAAACCUCGUGUGGCGGUGGACAUCGAUCGUGGGAUUUUUUCAAAGCUACCAAUGGAUUGAUGUUUGUUUACGUCAAGGAUAAAAUGAUUUGUGAAGUCUGGCUGGAUGUGCGUUGUUGCAUGCCGAAUAAUUUGAUCGAAGGAUUCCACUCCAAAGAAAUCAACAGUGUUACGAUGUUCAAAGGGUUGUGUGAAUAUAUCUUAGUUUCUGGAGGCGAAGACACUAAGUUGAGAAUAAGUUCGAUACGACAGAAUGGAACGCUGUUCAAAACGCAUGUUGCAUUGAAAUCGCAUUUAUCCAGUAUAAGAUCCAUAGCUGUUUACAAAUUUGAAGGAGAUUUGAAAAGUGGCAAAGAAACUUAUUUGUUGUUUUCUGCAGGCGGCAGAGCGCAAAUCAUGUGCUGGAAACUUGAUUGCUUCUUUGAUGACGAUUCUCUACAAAACUUGAUUUGUAGUCAGCAAUGUUCUUAUUAUAACACAAUUGAUGCCGAAGAGUCUGAGACGAGGAUCAUGAAAUUGUGUGUGGCAGACACCAUAAAAGCAGUUGUUCUGUUCGCAGCCUGCUCUGACGGUAACAUCCAGGUAUUUCACGUGGAACACAACAAUUUCAAUUUGAAAUUUUGCAAAAACAUGUUUUAUGCGCUGAAAUGUAUUAUUUCAGUUGCUCAUAUGAAUGUUCUAAACGAAGAUGUUUUGAUUAGCAUGGCAACAGAUGGUAAACUUGUGUUUUGGAAUGUCACCAAUGUAUUUGACUCAACGGAAUGCGUACCAUUCGAGAGCCUUCCAGCACAUCAGUCAGGAAUAAAUACAUUUGCAAUGAGAGAACUGAAAAAUUAUUGUUUUUUGCUGUUAACUGGCGGUGACGACAAUUCGAUUAUUUUAAAUUAUGUGAAAUUUUCCAGAGCAGGAAAUAACUUGAUUCUGAAUCGAAUUGAUGAGUAUGUGAAUGUUGGUUCUCACUGGGCACAGAUUACUGGUAGUUUUUUGAAUGAAAAACAUUUCAUGACUUCCUCUGUGGAUCAGAGGUUAGUGGUUUUCAGGUGGAGAAUCGAAGAUGAAAAAAUAAUUUGUGAGUGUAUAUCGAAGUAUAAUACCCCUGUAACAGAUCUGAAAGGGCUGAUAUGCUUUGAGAAUUGUGAUUUGGAUGUUUUUCUUUAUGGAAACGGAAUAGAAUUUGUUAAAGUUGUUGAGGAAUUAAACAGAUUUUGAAAAGA